CGGGCGGCUAAAGCUUUAGUUAAUGAUGGGGUUGUGUCGUUGUUGGUAAGAACAGAACCACGGCCCAAUCUCUUUGAUAAGAUACCAAUAUCCUCGCACAUGGACUGAGCAAGGACUUUGGAAUAAGCUAGCCUACCAAUCAUAGCAUAUAUAAAGAUAAGUAUAAAUAGGUCGUUUAAUAAAUGUGUUUUAUCGUGUCGCAUUUUUUAAACCGAACUCUUUAAAUUCUCAUAGUUUAACGUUAGCUACGUUUGUUAGCUAAGCUACCAACAGUUGCUAGUGAACUAGCUAGUUUGCAGGCUAGCUCGAUAUUUUCUGCUUUCGUAAAGUCGGUCAGGAUUACAUCGCUACCAGAAAAUGGACGGAGGUGUGUCAGUAAUCACCAACCCUACGGUGUCGGUGCGUUUAACCAGCACACUCAGUUCGUUCGAAGUGAAUCGUAGGUUCAACCGAGGCAUGACUAUCGCUGAGUUUAAGAGCAAGCUGGAGAUGGUGGUGGGCUCUCCAGCCUCCUGCAUGGACCUGCAGCUCUUCAGCGCGUCAGACAAGUUCUUGCAAAAGAUGGAGGACAAUGAGGCCCUGCUGGGGUCCUACGCUGUGGACGAUGACUGCAGGAUACAUGUGAUUGAUCGAAGUGGGGCUCAGACUGGGGAGUUCAGCGACCUGUCCAAGGUGGAGAAGUACGAAAUACCUGAGGAUGUCUAUGAGAAAAGAACCGACUCGGUACGCUCCUUCCUGAAGAAGAAGAAGGUGGGGCAGUUUGACGAGGAGAAAAUGGCGCAGCGGGAGGCUGAGAAAGCUGAGCGCGAGCUGGAGGAGAAGACCGCUGCCGAGGCCAUUUCCGUGGGCAAACGUUGCCAGGUGCUGGUGUCUGGCCAGCCCACCAAGGUCGGCACGGUGAUGUUCGUCGGCACAGCAGAUUUCAAGCCAGGUUACUGGGUGGGGGUGAAAUAUGACGAGCCGCUGGGGAAGAACGACGGCAGUGUGAACGGGAAGCAGUACUUUGAGUGCCAGCCCAAGUACGGCGCGUUUGUGAAGCCACAGACGGUGAUAGUCGGAGACUUCCCGGAGGAAGACUAUGGUCUGGACGAGAUGUAGGAGUGCCGCAGCCAAGAGGGGCAAAGAGAGCUGAAACUCUGACCUAUCUGGCAGAUCGCAUUUUGCAUUUUAUUGUUGCCACUUGUUUCGUUCAGUCUCAAGAUGGGUCAGAGGAAUCUUGAUUCUGCUUUCAAAACUCACCUAAAUCAAAAGUCAAAAUACACUGACUUCUGCAGAUAUUUAUAGUGCAUCAGCCAUGCGGCAACAGUGCUGGGGGUAUGGUUUGGGGGGUACAUCUUAGCUUUAUUAGUUUAUAUAGGCUGGAUCAACAUUUUUCAGGAGUCCUCAACCAAAACUCUCCGGGUAGCAAAACAUGGCUUCAGUACUGAAUGUAGGAAAGAGCUAAACAUUUAAUGUACUCCACUAACUUAGAAUAACAACUUUUUUGUAAUUCCUUAGUGUCUGUUAGUCAGUUCUGUGCAGAUGUCUGCAAUGCCUUAUCCAUGACUGUUGUCUGUAAAUUUAUUUUUGUGUAUUUGAAACAUUAUUUCAGAUUUGUCUGUGGUUGUAAUAUAAUUAACUGCGGUGUCAUUGUUUUUCAUGUUCGGAUGGAUGGUGCUGUACACCAUACAGCAGCAACUUUGUUUUACUAGCAACACACACUGCAGUGAAUAGCACAGAUUAAGUGCGUGAGAAAGCACAUCUAUACUGUUUUGUUUGAUUCAUUUAGCAAAGUUUGCUGAUGGGGCAGAAGUCACAGAAUUUGGUUCAAAGAGCAGCGUGCUGGUAGUGCUCAUAAUGUUCGGCCUCCAGCACUCUGUCGGGCUGGGCUAAUGUUAACCCCUGUUUAACACACUGUACACAGUGAAGGAGAACAUUGCUGAAUGUGCCUCAAAAAUGUGACUUAAGUGCAUUGAAGCCUUUUGCAAGCUAGCUAGUUUGAGAAUAACACUCGGGUAAGAAUAAAGUAGUGUAACCAGUCUAGUAGAGUACUGGCACCCAGAACUUUACAUGGUGUUCUUGAAGGGUGAGCUGAUUUAAAUGCUUAGCCUGCAGCCACUUUGUUAGCCGAGCAUGCACUCAGUGCUCUGUUGCUGCUCCCAGGCGCUUUUUGGCAGGAGUGUGUGCAGGGAUCUGCAGAUGUUUGCCAGAAUGCAGCAAGCACACUGGACUCUUCUGAGCAUCCUCAAAGUCAGCUUGUUGGGGAAUCCUGCAGUGGGGGGAAAUAAACAUAGAAUCUGCUUAGUUAAACGUUUGCUGAAAAAGCUUCUUAUUUUGCUCUGCAGAAAACAACAGCCCAAAGUGUACAGUAUACAUGCCCAGAUUUUGUUUCUGUUCAUAGUGUCCGGGUUGAAUUCAAAUUUAAUCUGAAUACCCAGACAUAGUGAACUGUGGUGUUCAUUUAACACUUCUGACGUUCUGCCAGCUACAAUGCACUUUUUUGCCCCAGAGUAAAUUGUAUCCAGUUCAUUUUUUUGUUAUUGGCAAGUUUCAUUCCGUAUGCUUUAUUACACUGCUAGCUGUAUUCUAAUAUAUGUAUUGCAGUGUUGUUUUUAAAAGGAUUUCCAUCUGAACACAAUUAUUUGUCACUGUGAAAACAGCAUUGUCUGCAUUGACAGAACUAUGCUGGACUUACCACAAGCUUAUUUAUUUUUCAGUCUAGGACUAUCUUUUUGGAUGCUGUGUGCAUUUUAUUAAAAUUGACAUGACCAAUUUUAGUUGAGACAAAGGAUGUUGAAAGAAGCACUGAUUAAUUAAAACGGAAAUGCUUUUGGCACUACACAAAUGCUUUUGUGUAGUGCCAAAAUGUAAUGAUAUCCUUUGUACGCCUGAAAAUGGCCUGAACAUUUCUCUGGUGAAGCCAUCAGAAGACAUGCACCUGGUAGGGGUUCUGUUUUUACCAGGUGUUUGUUUUUUGAUUGCUGUUUGAUAAAUGAGGCAGGGCUCCUCUACUUAGAGGAAUACUGGAAGUUGGAAAAAGGCAAGGAUUAGACCCCCAGAAUAAAGAUGGGAUAGAAAAAUGACAUUUCACAACCGAUAUGUAAUCGCUGACUGGAUUGAGGGAUGGCCUUUGAAGGUGACACCACGUGCUAUGUUGAGACUAAGAAGCACUGCCCCCUCCCUGAAUCGAUUGAUCAUUCCCUGUUUAUUGAUUAUUUGUUCUGUAAACUUUAUCGUUGCUAUAUUAAAAGUAUGUUAUACUAACUCCCCCUCCCCAAAAAAAAAAAAAAAAAUUGAAUGAUGCAUUUCUGAUAAUUUGUUAUAAUGCCCACAUGGAGCAUGGUUGUUUCAAUGCUGCUUGUUAGUUUAAGCAUGAACCCUCUAUCCGGUGUUGGGAAUACUGAUUGGUUGAUUUCAGAAAGGGAAUAAACAAUGACCCUCUAGAUUCUCAGGAAUGAGGAACUGACAGUGCAGUGCUGAACUUUGCUGGGGCAGGAUACUGCAGCUGAUGCAUAACAGAACUGUGUCAGUCCUAUUAGCUGGAAAGCCCCAUGGACAGCAGCAUGCUUAUAUUCACAUUUGUUUAAUGCCCUACUCUCUGUAAAGGAACCUUGUUUUUUGUGUGUGGUUGUCCCAAACUUAGAAAAAAGUGGACUUGUGCUCAUGUUGUUACAAAACAGUUAGAAGCUUCUACAAAACUGCUGAAGGAACUUGUCAUUAAAAAGCACUAAUGAAAACUGCAGAAA